UUUAUAAUUCCGUGAUUCAAAUUUUGACAUGUAUUACCCUAAAUUGUCAUACUUAUCCAAUAAGUAUAAUGAUAUUAAUUAGAUACAAAAUUUGGACUCUUUGUAUCAUCUUCACUGUAUGCAUAAAUAUUUCUUAUUCCAAAGUUUCUCGAGCAGCAGUUGAACCUCGGAUUGUAGGAGGAUACCAAUGCAGUCAAAAACCCAAUGUAAAUAUCAAGUUUAUGGUAGCCUUAACCAGCUAUAGAGGUGAGUUAUUUGCCAUUAAUGCGGUAAAACGAGAUAAAUGCGUUAUGAAGAAUGGUUUUUUGUCUUCGUCGUGUCCAGUCCAUUAUAUACGACAACGAGGUAUAUAUAGUCAUCCACGUUAUACACGUAGACCGGUGAACAAUGACAUUUCAUUGCUACGUUUAGAAACACCCAUGUACGCGAAUAAAAAUAUUCAGUAUGUUAAACUUCCCAGUACAUCUAUUGAUGGUGAUGUGUCAAAUGUAUGUGACGAUAGCACAAUCCUAGGAUGGGGCUGGACAAAACGCAGAGGUAGUAAGAUUCCAAUAAGGCUAAUGUGCGUAGAUAAGAGAAUAAUGUCAACUGCAGACUGUAUAAAGGACUUUCCAAAAACGAUAAAUACCUUUAUUUGUACGGAACCUUCUUUUAAAAAAGAUGCGUGUCAUGGAGAUUCUGGAGGACCUCUAGUAUGCGGUGACAUUCAGUAUGGUAUAACGUCAUUUGUCCCUGGACGUGCCAAAAAUCGUGCGGUAUUUUUUACUAGAGUCGAUAAGUUUUUGGAUUUCAUUCAUUACACCAUGAAAAAUAAUGGACUACAUGCAUUUCGUUUAAAUUUUGUAAUAUAUGUAAUAAGUUUGUUACUUUUAUAUUAUAAUUUACCAUAUUGAUGCAGUCAAAUAGAUUUAUGUCUGGGAGGUGAAGGUAUCAAUUGGCUAUUAACAGUUCUACCAUUACAGGAUCGUUUCACAAUAAAUAUAUCUAUUGUUAACUUUGUAGAAUAAAUUCAUCGGCUGAAUAGGUACGAGUGGAUCUGUAUUCAAUCUUGAGAGAGGACCACUGAUCUGUAUUAUUUUACUGGAUAUGAUAUGGGCUAUAUUUGACAUACUAAAAAUUUGUCCCAUCAAGGAGACCGGAAGUGCAACAAUGCUGAUCAAUUUG